CUACAUUCCAAAAUGGCUGUCGUUGGGAGAAACUGUGACAAAAUGCAUCUGUAAACACGACAGUGCUAGAAGAUACUGAUCUAGAGGCUGAAAUGGACGAAAACCAGAUGAAGGAUCUGGACCUGCAUCUGGACCUUGAGUACCUUCAGGAUGGCACUGCGGAAGCUGCUAAAUAUGAAGAUGGGGACUGGCCAAGUUACAGCAGUGGGUCAGAGGAGGAGCUCGGGGACCUGAGGGAGGACUGGGACCAAGGUGUCAACCAUCCAGCCAUCCAAAAUGGAGGUGCUGCUGGGGACGCUGACCCUCUGUAUAAUGGGGGAGGCCUGCUGCCUUAUGAGGAUGGGAUUGAUGUUGAUAGUGAAGAAGAGAGGGACAUUAUGAAGGAAAUAAAAAAUGAAAUCACCAAUCAAGUACGGGAUGAAAUGAAGUCUGAACUAGGGGUUUAUAAAACAAAAUUAGAAGCUUUAGAAUUCAGAGAAAACAUUGACCACAAAGACAGUACUCGUGCCAAAGCUGAGGAAAUUCUUGAUGAUGUUGAUCCAAAACUGAAGGAUGCCAUACUGAAAAUGAGAAAACUUGAUCGUAUCCUAGCCAAAAAAAUGAAAAGGGAACGGGAAGUUAAAAAAGAUAGAAUUUUACUUCAAAAAAGAAUCAAAGAUGAACUUUCCGGUUUGAAAUCAGAUGGAUCAAAUGAGAGAAAGGAAGAAAAGUUGAACACAUCUAAAUACCUGGCCUUGACUCUUCCCCCUAGUCACAAUGAAGGUGUUGAGGUACCAAACUCCUCAAAUGAACCAGUAUUUACCACACAGCUUAAUGAACAAGACUACCCAGAUGUCCACAGACAAAAUGGGGAGGCAGGCAGCAGUAAUAGACAAAGAAGGGGCUCGAGUCACAGGUCAAACACAGCUUCAGAACGUAGUGAUUGUCACUCACAACAGGACUCAGAGCUCGGUAGUGAGACUUCUUCAAUGGCAGGCAGCAAGUCUGGAAAGAGAAAGAAACGAAAAAAAGAUUUUAUUAAAAGAAACAAACAGCUUGCGUCUGAAGCUGAAAACCCUGUACCAAUGACAGAUGAGGAAAGGGCACGUGUUAGCCAGCUUUUGGAGGGUCUGGAUGCCUUACCAGAUGUACUAGAAGAAGAAGAAGAAUCAGUUUAUGGUGAAUCUGUUUCUAACCCUUUCCAAAUCGCCGUAAGACCAGGGGAAGGAUUUCAACCAGAGCCCGAAGAUCAACGAUCUCUGUCCAACAUUGACAGUAGACUGAAAAUAAUCAUGCCCCCAGAGGAUUAUGAGUCAGUCACUAGCUCCUCCAUAUGUAGUACACCCCAGUACAAAUUGUUUAAGCCAGUGGUUGAUGUUAGGUCUGAACGGUUUGGAGAGAAAGCUCUCCUGGAGAACAAAGAUCAGCGAGAGCUACGAGCCCGUCUCCAGGCCGUGGAGGAGGAGCUAGGCAAGCUCCAUAUUUCCCAUGAGCUGGAGAUCUCUGAGACCCCGAAGCUGGAAGAGGAUCAGUUACAGGACUUAUUGGACCAAUGUGUUCGGUCCUUGUCUAGGACAACAGUCAAUGGGUCAUAUUCCAGAACAACAUUUAAUGAUACCGACUCCGAUGCAGGUGUGUCGGAGGCAGGCAUGUCAGAGGCAGGUGUGUCAGAGGCAGGGCUGUCGACUGAGACCACACCCAGGACACCAAAAUCUGCUCGGGAGGUUUUAAUGGAAAAUCCACCCCACCUACCAAAGGCCACGCUCCAAAAGUUAUUGGCGGAAGCUUACUGUCCCUCAGCAAGUAGGCUGUCCACACUGCGGGAGGAGGAUGAGACAGAAACUGGAGCUGAGGACAAUGAGAUUGAACCAAUUAGUGCUGAAACAUGGAAGCUCAUUGCACAAGAAAGACUUGAAAGUGAGGAUGAAUCUGAGUAUAUGGACCAUAUAAAUACAAUUCGAUCUAGUCUACAGUCCAGUUCAUCUGUGUCCAAAAGUCGAACCAAUAGUCGUAACAUAUACAACGAACAUUUUUCCUUGUCUGGGGAGGUGCCAAGUCCCAGACAUAGCAGAUCGGACAGUCGUGAGUCACGGACACCCUUUUUACCUGAAAUCAACCGCUCAGGAAGUUUGGUAGCCCAGGAAAUGAAUAAUCAUAUCAGUAAUCGUCCUUCCAGUAACCUUAGUAACAGAAGUUCUGUAUUGACAGUGCGUAACAGUUUCACUGAUGUGAGUUCUGACUUCCAGGAUGGCACAGAGUUAUUAUCCAUAAAUGGAGAUACACCCGUGCCGAACCCACCAAGUAGUGAUCGCAGGUCUAGUAGAAGUAACAGGUCUAGGGUGAAAUCCCCUCCUACGACCUCGGAGUCACGCUCACAGUAUGCCUUGUAGUUACAUGUCCGGCAUGGCCUCUUUGUGAUAAAAUGAGUCAUAAUGUUGGACUUUUCCUGAACCUUCAGUACUCGUUUCAUAUUACCAUGUAUCAAACUUCCAUGAUGGAACACUACUGUUUGGAUAUUGAAAUGCUGUAUGUUGAUUUACUAGUCAGAGUUUUAAGUGGCUAGAGAUGAACAUUUUGUAUUCUUGUAUCUUAUCGUUUUAAAUUCUGAAAACCCUUUAAAGAAAUAUAUGCUGAAUAACAGAAUCAGUUUACAAAGAGAAUAUUAUAGUUUGUACCAUCAAAUUAUAAAGGUAAAGGAAAGUCACCUACAUUGUACCUGGUUGAUGUGUUCUGGCAUUAUUUGGAACCUGUAAUUUCAUAUUGGUUCUUACAAAAAAAUAUCUUUAAAAUAUUGUUUGCAGGCUAUAUUCCGGAAAUGAAUAUACAAAGGAAACUGGUGUCCUUUCCUUAAAGAGUUAAUUUCUUUGUCUAUUUGACUUUACUGUACACAUGCCGGGUAUUUUACAUACACCACUAAUGUUAUCAGUGUCUAUCCCAUCAAUAUUAUUCAUAUCUGGAGUUGCCUUUCAAAAGAUUUCAUCGAAGUACCGUGUCUCAACAUAUCUGUAAUAUUAUCAAUAAAUGUUUUAAUUCUUUUGGUGCAAAACAAUUUGAAGUGUUCUUUUCAGGACAUUUUUCUUUUGGUAGUUAAAUAUAUAUUGGAUACAGGUCCUUACUUUAGUGACUGGAAUGAUAUGAUUGUAACACAUCAGGGUACUAGUAAGACAAGGAGAGGUGUACCUGUAGUUGUCUGAUUACAGGUGAUUUGGAGUACUAUAUCAUGAUAGUAGUCGUUGAAGCAUGACACCUGUCACUGGUUCACUGUUGUACUUCUGUAUAUAAUAUAUCUAUACAGUAAAACUUGUUUAAAGCCAAUGCCAUGGGACCAGAGGAAAUAUUUCAUUUUAUCCCAAAUUCGUUAUACAAUUUUAAAAUAUCUAAAGUUGAGCCAAAUUCAGGAUUUUGAUCUACUUCAUAAUAGGCAGUUAAUCAAGCCUGUUUGUCAUAAGAAAGUUUCACUGUAUAUUGAAGUUUUGUAACACGACAAAAUAACCUUGGAUUAUUGUACAGGUUUUAAUCACUACCGUUUAUAACUGAUGCACACAGAUGUACAUUAUACAUACCUAUUAUCAUUCCAUAUUUAAUGAGCUGUGAUAUAAAUUGAACUACUGAAUAUAGUCUGUUUGUAUGCACCACUUGACAUGUUUCAUAACUCACAAUUUUUUUAAUAUUAAGUCCCAUUUUAGCAAUGUGUAAGAAAUCACACAUUUGCCAUUUAGGGAUUAUUUUAGAUAUGAUGCUCUGUACAAUCAACACAUAUAAUGAGAAUGAGAAGUAAUGAGAAUGUUGCACAUUGUCAGAUGUAGAUAGUUAAAGUGGUAUGUUAUGAAAUACCAGUACUUACAUCUUGUAUACUAGCUGACUUUAUACACAUUGUACAGUACACAUGGGAUACAUGGUACAUUUAGUUUAUGUGUGACAACAGGACUGAAGGAUACACAGCGACAGAUCGCUGUUGAUUCACUUCCAGUAAUCAGUUUCCUUUGACCAUUUUCUUUUAUAUAAGUAGGGUAAUCAGUUAUGUAGUAAUACGCUUUGAAUGUUAAGCAGAUAUAGGAGGAUUACAUUUAAUUUGAGAGUGAUGAAAUUAUUGUGACAAUGUUUUAUUUUUGCUAGUCCCUAAAUCUGAUAGGUACAAGGGCUGAUUGAUAAGCUGUGAGCCUAAUAUUGAAGGAUUUGAAUUUUGAUGAAACAUAAUGUAUUAUUUUUCAACAUAAUCCCCUUCAGUAUCUAUAUACUUUUGCCAGCGGUGUUUAAGGGCCUCAAUGCCACUUCUAUAGAACUCCUUUUCGUGGCUGUUCAUAGAGUCAUCCACUGAAUGUUAGGGCUAGGGUUAGGGUUAUGGUUCCUGACAUAGCUGUUUUCAGUUUUGGAAAUAGAGGAAAGUCCGGAUUCUCAAUUAUUUAAACCCACAAUGGUGAAUGGCAGUCAUGGCAAUGACAGACUCUUUCACCAUAACCCUAACCGCUUUUGUCCAUUUUCGAAAGCUGCUUGUCUUGUUUACUUUAGAGUGCUACCUCGUUGAUAUGAACUAACCAAAUGAGACCAGUCCUUGGGUACACAGUCCUAUAUAGUCAGAAAAUAGCAGGACUUUAAAAGAACAUCCUUGAGUACCUCCUUCAAUACGAGGCUCACAAAAUAUCAAUCGACCCUCAUAAACAGGAAAAUAUGUGCCAAGUUCUUGUCACAGAUUCCAUUUUAGCUUGUCAGAACUAACAUUGAGCUAAACUAAAGAAUUCCAGUAUUGCUUCCUAAUUUUCACAUGAAAUGCUAAAAUGUGAAAAGAUAUUUUUCUCAGACUAAUCUCACCUGGCAAUCUCUUGACUCCAUACCUCUUCUUUUUGUUGUGUCACAAUGCAUAUGAUGUGAUGAGGUUAUAGAAAUCAAGAGAACCUACAUGUACAGCCAUUCACAGUUCCACUAAUUGAUGUAAGGAAUUGUGUUAAAGGAAAAUUUAUGUAAUCAGUGUUAGCAGGAAGGAAGGUUUUAAGCAUUAAAUCCACAAUAUCCCAAAUGAUCUAACAUUUCGGAGUCAAAAAUCUUUUAAAGGCUAAGAUUUUAUGUUUAUAGAUCCAUAUUCUAUGUUCCAGUUUGCUGGCUUCAUUUUCUUCUGAUGUGCUUGAAACUCAGUUAAAAAAAAUCUUUUCAGAUAAAUUAUGUAAACCUGUUUGGCAAGAGGAGCACUCUUUUGUAUGUGAACUCUAGAGAGACUUUAAAACUAGGAUUUUACUGGUGAAAAGCAAAUUCAUUGCAAUGUAUUGUAAUGAUACAGAAUGGGCAUUUGUUAGUGACAGCCAACCGCCCAAUGAAUUUAUGUUUCAAAGUAAAUUCUGUUCUUGGGUAAUUUUGCUUCAUAGCUCUAUGGUUUGAUAGGAUGGUAUAUGACAAUGUCACAUGAAGAUGAAUUUGGUCGGGUGGAUGUGUGGCAAUGUCUUCAGAUGAACUUGGUAGGGUGUGUGGUACAAUGCCUUGUGAUGAAUUUGGAAGGACGUCGUGAGGCAAUGCCUUGUGAUGAAUUUGGUAGGGUGGGUGUGUGGCAAUGCCUUGUGAUCAAUUUGUGAGGGUGGGCGUGUGCAAGGCCUUGUGAUUAAUUUGGAGGAUGGUAUGAGGCAAUACCUUGUGAUGAAUUUUUGUAGGGUGGAUGUGUAGCAAUAUCUUUUGUUGAAUUUGGUAGGGUGGGUGUUUGGCAAUGCCUUAAGAGUGUAUAUAGCACUAUAAAAACAGUUAACUCAUUCAUUAGUAGUGUGUGCCACUAAAAGAUGUUGGCAGAUGUUAAGUUGUCUAUUUAGUGGGGCAUACACGUAUAUGAAAAUUGUAUUAUAUUUAGAUAUUGCUGUCACUAUAUCAUCAUUAGUAGUUAUUUGUUUUAAUUUCUUAAUUGUUGUAUAAUGCUGUUAUAUCUUUUUUUAUUACUUGAAACAGUUUAAAAAUCACUGUACUGUAAGUGUAGUGUGAAAGAUGGGCGAGGAGCUCUCUCUAGAUACUGUAAGUGUAGUGUGAAAGAUGGGCGAGCGCUCUCUCUAGAUACUGUAAGUGUAUAGUGUAAGAUGGGCAAGGAGCUCUCUCUAGAUACUGUUAGUGUAGUGUGAAAGAUGGGUGAGGAGCUCUCUCUGGAUACUGUAAGUGUAGUGUGAAAGAUGGGCGAGGAGCUCCCUCUAGGUACUGUAAGUGUAUAGUGUAAGAUGGGCGAGAGCUCUCUCUGGAUACUGUAAGUGUAUAGUGUAAGAUGGGCGAGGAGCUCUCUCUAGAUACUGUUAGUGUAGUGUGAAAGAUGGGCGAGGAGCUCUCUCUAGGUACUGUAAGUGUAGUGUGAAAGAUGGGCGAGGAGCUCUCUCUAGAUACUGUAAGUGUAUAGUGUAAGAUGGGCUAGGAGCUCUCUCUAGAUACUGUAAGUAUAUAGUGUAAGAUGGGUGAGGAGCUCUCUCUGGAUACUGUAAGUGUAGUGUGAAAGAUGGGCGAGGAGCUCUCUCUAGGUACUGUAAGUGUAGUGUGAAAGAUGGGCGAGGAGCUCUCUCUAGGUACUGUAAGUGUAGUGUGAAAGAUGGGCGAGGAGCUCUCUCUAGAUACUGUAAGUGUAGUGUGAAAGAUGGGUGAGAGCUCUCUCUAGGUACUGUAAGUGUAUAGUGUAAGAUGGGCGAGGAGUUCUCUCUAGAUACUGUAAGUGUAGUGUGAAAGAUGGGCGAGGAGCUCCCUCUAGGUACUGUAAGUGUAUAGUGUAAGAUGGGCGAGAGCUCUCUCUGGAUACUGUAAGUGUAUAGUGUAAGAUGGGCGAGGAGCUCUCUCUAGAUACUGUUAGUGUAGUGUGAAAGAUGGGCGAGGAGCUCUCUCUAGGUACUGUAAGUGUAGUGUGAAAGAUGGGCGAGGAGCUCUCUCUAGAUACUGUAAGUGUAUAGUGUAAGAUGGGCUAGGAGCUCUCUCUAGAUACUGUAAGUAUAUAGUGUAAGAUGGGUGAGGAGCUCUCUCUGGAUACUGUAAGUGUAGUGUGAAAGAUGGGCGAGGAGCUCUCUCUAGGUACUGUAAGUGUAGUGUGAAAGAUGGGCGAGGAGCUCUCUCUAGGUACUGUAAGUGUAGUGUGAAAGAUGGGCGAGGAGCUCUCUCUAGAUACUGUAAGUGUAGUGUGAAAGAUGGGUGAGAGCUCUCUCUAGGUACUGUAAGUGUAUAGUGUAAGAUGGGCGAGGAGUUCUCUCUAGAUACUGUAAGUGUAGUGUGAAAGAUGGGUGAGAGCUCUCUCUAGGUACUGUAAGUGUAUAGUGUAAGAUGGGCGAGGAGCUCUCUCUAGAUACUGUAAGUGUAUAGUGUAAGAUGGGCGAGGAGCUCUCUCUAGGUACUGUAAGUGUAGUGUGAAAGAUGGGCGAGGAUCUCUCUCUAGAUACUGUUAGUGUAGUGUGAAAGAUGGGCGAGAGCUCUCUCUAGGUACUGUUAGUGUAGUGUGAAAGAUGGGCGAGGAGCUCUCUCUAGAUAAUGUAAGUGUAGUGUGAAAGAUGGGCGAGGAGCUCUCUCUGGAUACUGUUAGUGUAGUGUGAAAGAUGGGCGAGGAGCUCUCUCUGGAUACUGUAAGUGUAUAGUGUAAGAUGGGCGAGGAGCUCUCUCUAGGUACUGUAAGUGUAGUGUGAAAGAUGGGCGAGGAGCUCUCUCUAGGUACUGUAAGUGUAGUGUGAAAGAUGGGCGAGGAGCUCUCUCUAGAUACUGUUAGUGUAGUGUGAAAGAUGGGUGAGGAGCUCUCUCUGGAUACUGUUAGUGUAGUGUGAAAGAUGGGCGAGAGCUCUCUAGGUACUGUAAGUGUAGUGUGUAAGAUGGGCGAGAGCUCUCUCUAGAUAAUGUAAGUGUAGUGUGAAAGAUGGAUAACGAGCUUGCUUACUUAUACAGUUAUAGGUGACCUCUGAUUAGUCUGGCAUUACUCUAGAUGAUUAUAGUAGUGUGAGAUUGUUUUAAGUGUUGUUCGAUACGAUGUAGUAUGAGAUUGGUUUCAUGUGAGAUAGUUUUGGAUAGUGCGAGAUAACUUUAAUAUGGGAUACUGUUUUAGUACAAGAUCAUUUGGAUGUUUUGAGAUUGUUACAGAUAGUAUUAGAGUGCGAGAUAGUCUUGGAAAUAAAACAUUACUAAUUGGGAUGGCAGAAGAAAUCUGCAAGGAAACAUGAAAAGGAAAAUAGAUAUGUCUUAUUUAUAAACACAUUAUUUAUUCAGUUCUGAUUCUAUCAGUGCUUUGAAUACUUGUUGAAUACUGUAUGAAUGUGAUCAAUAAAUUAAUCUUAAAACUUUA